AUGGACAAUAGGAAAGAUUCGGUAGCAGAUGAUCACAUUGAAAGGUCAAGCAGUCCCAAAACUCUGCCCUCCAGAAGAUCUCCAUCUCCGGCUCGCAGAGAUUAUUCAACGUUCAGUGAUGGCCACACUGAUGAGAACAUGAACUUCAACGUCAAAAAAAAUUUGCAGGACAACACCGAAAAUGAUGAGCACGAACCAUCAAAUAGAGAUGAUGCUCCUCAUUCAAACGCUGCUAACAAGAACCCAGUGACCACGCAGCCUGCUACCAAACCGGUGAACAACUUUGAUGCUGGAUCGAAUAAAAAAAAGGUGGCCACCACCACUCUUCUCAGAUAUCCUGAGCAACAGGAAACAGAGCAGUGGUCAUUUAGAUUGUUUGGAUGCUUAGAAGAUAUCAACUUGUGCAUAUCGACAUUUUGUUUUCCGUGCUACACGGAGGCCAGGAACGCUGCCUACUUCUACGAGGAAGAGAACGAAAUGGGCAUUGGAUACUGCUUGGGAUUCUGCGGCGUGGGAGCGGUGAUGAGGUGGCGUCUUCGACAGCACAAACGCAUCGAAGGUCACAUGCUUGCAGACGUCGCUACGCACAUGUUGUGUCCUUGUUGCGCACUCAUUCAAGAAAACAGAGAAAUAUACGGCACUGAAGGAUCACAUCUGGGUGAAAAGUUGCCUAUCUUGAGGAAGAAGAAGUGACGCAACUGAACUGAUGGGGCUUCGUGAUUUCAACAUUGAACAUGGUUUGGGUUUAAGCGUUUAAUGUUAUUUUGUGCCAAUGAUUCAAAUAUUUUUGUAUUAUGUCAGAAAGCUACCAUAUAAUUAAACAUACAAGACCUGAUUCAGUGAGAAAUAACAUUAAUUACUUUUAUUAUUAUCAUUAUUAUUAAUAUCAUCAGUAAUACUAUUGCUAUCAUAACUUGAUUGAGUGUAAUUGAGUUUCAGCGAAAGUGAUUUUAAGGAAGUAAUUUUUUGAUGAACGCAUUGAAAAUUAUUUUCGACAAAAUUAAAGAUUAUCAAAAAACUGAGAAAAAAGUUGAAUGAUUGAUGCAACCAAGCUGAGAUGCCAUUUACCACUAUCGUUUCUUUGAAGACAUUUUGAAUAAACUUAUAUAAAUGUUUGAAAAUUUUACUUAACAUAUAUCUCUGGUAACGGAAACAAUAUUUGAAACUUGUCUGAAUUAGCUAAUAUAUCUGAUUCACAAUUAUACAUCAAUGUAAUUUUGCAUUUGACGUAUCUUAAUAUAUUCUGAAUUAUUGAUUGCACGCACAAAACAGGCAACGAUCAUUUGAACAUGAUAAGCAUUAUCAAGCAAAUAUAUCAGAUCUCUCUAAAUAACAUUUUCUUUGUUUAAUUAUCCACUUGAAUAUUUAUUUAUGUUAUUUUAUCUAAGAAAAAUCAUUUAUUUAUACAUCUAAACAAAUUUUUUAUUUGAUUUGAUUAAUUGGUUGGAUCAAGAGUCUAAUUAGCCAAAAAUUUUAAAA